UCUGCCGCCGCCGCCGCGGAGUUCUUGCUGGAGGCGGCUCCUGCUGUGCUGCACGGAUCCUUCCUAGUUGACUGGGAGGGAGGAGAACUUUGCUUCAUGGCUCGCCACAGCAAACUCCAGAAGCAAGUGCUCAGCUUGUACCGAAACUUCUUAAGGGCCGGCAAGGAUAAGCCGGGCUUCCUGCCUCAGAUACGGGCCGAGUUCCGGAAGAACGGCCAGAUACCCCGGACGGACGUCAUGCUGAUCGAAUACCUCGUCCGCCGCGGAGAAAGGCAACUGGAGCAACUCCGGGACGUCCACACCAAACAGAUGGGAGCCUUCGUCAAAACGAAAGAAGAAGAGCUUCUAUAG